AAUCGACCUUCAGUAAUGAUCCUAACCUUCAAGUUUUGUAGUUGCAUACAGUCCAUUGAAAAUUUUCUUUUCAUUGUCCAAAAUUAGUCUACAGAAGUUUUAACAGAGGAUUUUAUUUUAUAGAUUUCAACAGUUCUGAUCAUCGAACAACUCAGCAAGUGGCCACUUUGGGUGUGGCGAUGCAUGAUGAUAUCGUGACAGAGUAACAACGAACUCGAAAAUGGAAUCCAGUGCCAGGAACAGAAUCUCUGCUUUGCCUUUUUCGCUCCUCUUUUCUUCCCUCCUUUUGAAAACUUCAAUGCAAUUCCAGCUCGCUCCAAUGCUUUCUCCUUUCUUCCCUUUCUUUUAUAAGUUCAUAUCUUCUCUCUCUUUCUCUUAGCUAUUUUCAAAAUAAGAGAGAGAUGGGGUUUCUCUCCUGCAAUUCCAAAUCCUCUGUUUCCACCUCCAAUCCGAAGAAGAAGAAACCACGAACAAAAACGAAUCCAAUCCGUCAAUUCCGCUAUGAAGAUUUAGAAUCCGCAACCCGCGGAUUCUCCUCCGAUUAUCUCCUCGGCCGAGGCAGCCAUGGCACCGUCUACAAAGCUAUCAUGGACGGCGGAAAGCUCGUUGUAGCUGUCAAGAAGGCGAUAACGACGAGAGCUGCAGUGGAAAACACCAACAGCAAAGAUAACAACCAGCCAGCUGAGAAUGAGAUCGAAAUCCUUUCAAGAAUCCAGAACCCGGGUUUUGUAAACCUUCUCGGAUAUAGCCUCGACUCGAACGAAAGGAAGCUCAUCGUCGUUGAAUUCAUGGCGAACGGCACUCUGUACGACUACCUUCAUUCCAAUUGGGAGCCACCCGAUUGGGGCCGACGGAUCCGAUUUGCUCUGCAGAUUGCUGAGGCUGUGUCUGCGUUGCAUUCCUCGGACCCGCCUGUAAUUCAUCGAGAUAUAAAGUCGUCGAACAUCCUAAUCGACGAGAAUUGGAAUGCACGGUUGGGGGAUUUCGGGCUGGCGCUGAGAGGGCACGUCGAGGACGUUCGGAUACGGUCGACGCCUCCGGCGGGCACGUUGGGAUACAUCGAUCCGGGCUACGUCGAGCCUGAGGAUCUCAGUACCAAGAGCGAUGUCUUCAGCUUUGGGAUUCUCUUGUUGGAGAUUCUGAGCGCUCGGAAUGCCAUUGACAUGAAUUACAGCCCUCCAUCCAUCGUUGAUUGGGCGGCCCCACUUAUCAAGAAGGGCGAAUUCGAUGUUAUUUACGAUCCACGGAUUGGGCCGCCAAGUGAUGCUUCCGUGGGGCGGCAGCUGGCAAUCCUGGCGGACCGGUGUGUGGGGCCCAUUGCGGGGAAGAGGCCGUCAAUGGGAGAUAUGGUGAGUUGUCUCCGAAAUGUAAGUAAGAAGUUUCGCUCACCAAUCUGGAGUAAUUUCAAGGAUCGGAUAUGGAAAACCGGUUCGACUGUUGAUGGGACGAUUGAAUCUGUUGAAGAGAUGGGCAACACGGUGAAAUACAUGAGUAGGAAUUCACUAAGGAAUAGGAAAGUGUCGAAUGUGCAGUCUGGAGUAGAUUCAGCAGAACAAUAGACAGAGGAACAUUAUGUUGCGUUUGGACGUUCAAGCAAAAAAACUCAACUUCAUCAAGAUGAAGUGACAAAAUUUUAUAAGUAGCACUCAAAUUGCAGUUCAAUUUCCAAUUUAAGUAAGGAAACUACCAUUUGGCUUUUUUUUUUUACCCUUCCUCUUUACUAGACUAUAAACUGCAAUUCAAUUCAACAAUGCAUCCAAACGGUAAAAGCGGGCGUGCCAGUGCAGAAGAUGGAAAAUGGUGUGCUCAUCAGAUGGGGUUGAGUAUGAAGCUGGAGAGGAUGGAAUCUAUGGAGUCCUGCUAUCAAUACACUCAUCUUGGAUUUGUUUUCCGCAAAUGAAGUGCUGGCAUGGAGGUUUCCUCUUUCCUGUCCAUAGAAGGGGAAUUGCGACCGUUGCCAUUGAACUCACGCCGUUGUCUCAUGGGAAAUUAGUACAUUUCAUCAAAAUGGGGUUCGCCGAAUUCUUGAUAUGGAAUUGGAAUUCCGACUCAGAAUGGGUGACUGCAUUUGUAUUGCUUUAUUUGGAAACAGAACAACGAUUCGGUAUUUCUGUUUCCACGAAUUAACUACUGUAACGGUUUUUAGUACUCGUAGUUUUGUGAAAGAGAAUUCAUUCCUGUU